AUGCCAGAGCCGGAUACGACUCCUAUGCCUCCCGUGCCGGAGCCGAGCACGGCCCAUAUGAUCGUGGAAGCACAGGAGGAGGAGACGGACGAGGACGAGUGUUGGGGCAAGUGGAGACCAACGUCGAGCACCACAGCCUCCAACAUUGCAGCGAGCCAGCGAAAGGAGGCAGGGGGUGUUGUCCGCGAUACGUGGGGGACAGCAGCCUGUGACUCCACCGAAGGCCCCAGGCUCAACAGCUAUGGUGCCAAGUACGCCCCCAAAGGGGCCAGCCACACCACCGAAGUCUCCGAUUACACCACCAAAGGGGCCAACCACACCGCCAAAGAGUCCGCCAAAGAGUCCGCCAAAGAGUCCGCCAAAGGCCGCGCCAGCGCCGCCCAACAUCUGGACAGCGCCACCUCCACCGAGGGCCGCUCCGAAGGCUGCCGCUCCAAAGGUUCCGAAAGCAGCGGUCCCAAAGCCGCCGAAGGGCCCGAAGGCAGCGAUUCCAAAGCCGCCGAAGGGCACGACUACAACAACGCCGGCUCCUUUGACAACGCCGGCUCCUUUGACAACGCCGGCUCCUUUGGCAACGCCGGCUCCUGUGGCAACGCCGGCUCCU